UCCUGACCUCGAGCGAUCCACCCGCCUCGGCCUCCCAGAGGGCUAGGAUUACAGGUGUGAGCCACCACACCCAGCCCGACGCUCUAACUUUCGACCGGAGGGCCACACUGCCCCCCCGCAAGAAGGACAGACCCACGAGGACAAACAUGCGAAGUGCGGCCAAGCCCUGGAGUCCAGCCAUCAAGGUGGGGAGCCACGGCCCGGACCGUGCUCGGCCCCUCCCCACGGCCUCUGCUGGCAUGAAGAGUUCUAAAUCUUCAACCUCCUUGGCUUUUGAGUCCCGACUCAGCAAGCUCAAGAGAGCCAGCAGUGAGGACAUGCUCAACAAACCCGGAAGUGCCGCUGUGUCUGGGGUGGUUCGACUGAAAAAGACUGUGACAGCAGGAGCCAUCUCUGAGCUCACGGAGAACCGCCUGAGGAGUGGCACAGGGGCCGUUACAACAGCCAAACGGACAGGCAUUCCAGCGCCACGGGAAUUUUCAGUAACCGUCUCAAGAGAAAGGUCUGUGCCACGUGGUCCCUCCAACCCCAAGAAACUGGUGUCCAGUCCAACUUCUUCUAGCACCCCCACCCCCACCAAGCACCUGAGGACCACUUCCUCAAAGCCCAAGCAAGAGAAUGAAAGUGGAGAAAAGGCUGUGCUUGAGUCUCAGGUUCGGGAACUUUUGGCAGAAGCCAAAGCAAAAGAUAGUGAAAUUAACAGGCUUCGAAGUGAACUAAAGAAAUUCAAAGAGAAAAGGACUCUGAACACCGAAGGGACUGAUGCUUUGGGCCCAAAUGGAGAUGGAACAUCAGUCUCACCUGGUGACACAGAACCUUUAAUAAGAGUUCUUGAGGAGAAGAACAAGAACUUUCAGAAAGAGCUUGCUCAUCUGGAGGAAGAAAACCGGGUCUUGAAAGAGAAACUGACCUACCUUGAGCAAUCCCCCAAUUCAGAAGGGGCAGCAAGUCACACCUGCGACAGCAGCUGCCCGACAUCACUGACUCAGGAGUCAAGCUUCGGAAGCCCAACCGGAGAUCAGUUGUCAAAUGACAUUGAUGAGUAUAAAAAAAACAUCCAUGGAAAUGCGUUACGGACGUCGGAUUCCUCAAGCAGCGACGUCACCAAAGCUUCUUUGUCACCAGAUGCCUCUGACUUUGAGCACAUUACAGCAGAUACCCCCUCGAGGCCCCUGUCCUCCACUAGUAACCCCUUUAAGAGUUCGAAGUGUUCUACCACUGGGAGCUCCCCACGCAACGCCAGCGAGCUGUCCCUGGCUUCCCUCACCGAGAAGAUUCAAAAGAUGGAAGAAAAUCACCACAGCACCGCAGAGGAGCUGCAGGCCACUCUGCAGGAAUUGUCAGACCAGCAGCAGAUGGUGCAGGAGUUGACGGCUGAGAAUGAGAAGCUGGUGGACGAGAAGACGAUUUUAGAGACGUCCUUUCAUCAGCAUCGAGAGAGGGCAGAGCAGCUAAGUCAAGAAAACGAGAAGCUGAUAAAUCUUUUACAAGAGCGAGUAAAGAACGAAGAGCCCAGCUCUCAAGAGGGGAAAAUCCUGGAGCUGGAGCAGAAGUGCACAGACAUCCUUGAGCAGGGCCGCUUUGAGAGAGAAAAGCUGCUCAACAUUCAGCAGCAGCUGACCUGCAGCUUACGGAAGGUUGAGGAAGAAAAUCAAGGAGCUUUGGAAAUGGUUAAAUGUCUGAAGGAAGAAAAUGAAAAACUGAAUGGGUUUCUAGAACUGGAACGGCAUAAUAAUAGCGUGAUGGCCAAUACUUUGGAAGAGUGUAGAAUUACCUUGGAAGGGCUAAAGGUGGAGAACGGGUCUUUGAAGGCUCAUGUGGAGGGAGAGAAGUCCAUGGAGACCAGCACCGCGGGGCCCAUGGCAGAGAGCUGUGACAUUCAAGAAAUGUUGCAGAUGGCUCGAGCCGAGAAAGAUCAACUGGAACUGUCCUGCACUGAGCUCAGACAAGAAUUACUAAAGGCAAAUGGUGAAAUUAAACGUAUUUCAAGCCUGCUAGCCAAGGUGGAAAAGGACUAUGCUUACCUGAAGGAGAUAUGUGAUCAUCAGGCAGAACAGCUGAGCAGAACCAGCCUAAAGCUGCAAGAGAAAGCGUCAGAGAGUGAUGCGGAGAUCAAAGACAUGAAAGAAACCAUAUUUGAAUUGGAAGAUCAGGUGGAGCAGCACCGGGCUGUCAAGUUACACAAUAAUCAGCUCAUUAGUGAGUUAGAAAGUAACGUGAUCAAGCUGGAGGAACAGAAGUCAGACCUGGAGAGGCAACUGAAGACUCUGACGAAGCAGAUAAAGGAGGAGACGGAGGAGUGGAGGCGGUUCCAGGCGGACUUGCAGACUGCGGUGGUGGUAGCCAACGACAUCAAGUGCGAGGCCCAGCAGGAGCUGCGCACCGUGAAGAGGAGGCUGCUGGAGGAGGAGGAGAAGAACGCCAGGCUGCAGAAGGAGCUGGGGGACGUGCAGGGCCACAGCAGACCUGUGGAUGAAGAGCCGGAGUCCCCUGAGGUCGAUGCUCCUGGCCGGUGGCACGGCGUCUAUGUUAGCAGAGCCUCGCCAGCGCCUGCAGAGUCCGCAACCACUGUUAAGUCACUUAUCAAGUCAUUUGACUUGGGCCGCCCAGGUGGAGCUGGACAGAAUAUUGCUGUUCAUAAGACCCCCAGAAGCCUCCUAAGUGGAAUACCGGUGAGGACCGCUCCAGCGGCUGCUGUCUCUCCAAUGCAGAGACAUUCGACUUACAGCAGUGCACGGCCGGCCAGCAAAGGAGUGACUCAGCGCUUGGAUCUGCCUGAGCUUGCCCUCUCAGGUGAUUAUGUUGUCGUUCACACAGAUCUUCUAAAAGGAAGGGCCGAGGACCUGAAGCCAGACCCUUACCUCCGAAAGAGCCCCUCGCUCGAGUCUCUGAGCAGACCCCCCUCUCUGGGCUUCGGGAACACAAGACUGCUGAGCGCCUCCACCGGCGGGCUAAAACCACAGAGUAAACUUAGUGUGGAAAGGAGAGACCCUCUGGCAGCCUUGGCCCGUGAAUAUGGCGGCUCCAAGCGCAAUGCUCUGCUGAAAUGGUGCCAGAAGAAGACAGAAGGUUAUGCGAACAUCGACAUCACCAACUUCAGCAGCAGCUGGAGCGACGGCCUGGCCUUCUGUGCUCUGCUCCACACCUACCUGCCUGCCCACAUCCCCUACCAGGAGCUGAACAGUCAGGAGAAGAAGAGGAAUCUCUUGUUGGCAUUUGAAGCAGCUGAAAGUGUGGGCAUCAGGCCCAGCCUGGAGCUCAGCGAGAUGCUGUACACGGACCGGCCCGACUGGCAGAGCGUGAUGCAGUACGUGGCCCAGAUCUACAAGUACUUUGAGACGUAGCCCGGGAGGGCCUGAGAGCAGCUGCCGCGGAGCCACCUGCUGUGGUUUGUCCCGGAAGCGCCUGGUCACCGACCACCCAGCCGUCUGGGCUUCCAAGGAAGGCUCAAUCCGAGCAGACCAACACAGAUAACAGACAGAGCUGGGUCCGCCACGUACCAGUCUCGGAUGCAGAAGCAUUUUGGAGCGUGACUCGGGGACGCUUUGCUCCUCUCCUGCAGGACGCUGCUAAGACGCCAGCUUCCCUCCCUCCACACCGAGACCCAGGCCGCGCUCGCCCCGCCCGGCACCCUGGGUGACUCAACACGCAGUCCGCACGCAGGUUGAUGGGAGCAGCUCCUCCAGAUCAGUCUCUUUUUUGCAAAACAUACCCUGACUUUUGCCUGUAUAAAAAUUUUGCCCUUGCUAAAUGCCCCCUCCCCUCCUGGCCAAGAAACCCCACAGAAAUCACCAGACAAAACACAGACAGUGGGGCAUUCUCUCCAGGGCAACCUGGAAACACUUUGGCCCUUUCUGGGCAAUGUGCUCAAGUUCUAGGUAACAACAUUAAAACCUAGAACUUGAUUACAUUUUUGAGAUCUCGUGAUCUCUGAUUUGAUUUAUUGUCUCAAAAGUAAAGCCCCUGAGUACUUUGCUGCCGGGGCCCUGGGAGGUGUCCCACGGCUGCCCCCUGGCAGCAGGUCGUUCUCACCCUGGCAAGGAAGCCGCAGCCCUGCCUGCACAUCUGUCCUGCCGUUCAGUCCAACCCGUUCACACCACACACGGCACGGGACAGGAAGCCACUUGUGUGCGGAGUGGCCUGUGCCUGUCAGUCCCCAUGGCUUCGCACAGUUGGGCCGAGGACCUGUGACUCCGGGAGAGAGGCAGGCGGCAAACCCACACCACGUCCCAGUCUGGACUGACGCAGUCUUCAGUGCUUCAUUAGGCUCUUACAUUUGCACGGCAGAAAGGAGCCCUUAGGGGUGGAUGGCGAUGGCCCCCAUUUAUAGCGUGCCCCCAAAUCCUGCUGGUUACCCUGGGUGGCAGCAGAGCCCUCCCCAGGGCUGCCCCAGUCCCUUCAGAGGUGCUCGGUCCAGCCCAGGUAACCAUCCGGUGUUCUGUGCGGUUCACACGGGCAGUUGGGGCAAAUGCGUAAUGCCUGUCACUUGAUGUUUGAAGUGCCAGAUAGCUGUGUUAGUGCCCCUCUGACAAAGGAUCAUCCUUGCAGUAAGUCACUGAGAAUUACAAUUCCUGCCAUUAUCAUUUAAAGUAAAUCUCUGAUUGCUGAUCUGACCCACGUUCACAGCCGGGUCCAGUCCCCACGCUGGGAGCGGCAUGGGCUCUGUCCCCUCCCUCCAGGCCAGACCUUUGCAGAGGCGGCAGCCGGGCUGCACAGGCCGCCCUGACUGCCCUCUUUGUGGCUCCCGGUGUGCGGGGUGUCGCAGUCUCCGGGGGUGGGGUUGAAAACACACUCUUGGCCGGCCCCAUCAGUUGGUUCAGCACAUCUGGAAGGGGACCAGGGAUGCAUUCUAUAUAUUGUCAAAGUUCCCUGAGCCACUCCAAUGCACAGCCGUGUCGAGAGCCACUGGGGGGAAGGGGCACCUUUCGUGGGCAGCCCGAGCCCCUGAGCGGCUGUUUGGCUGUGGCCAUUACCUCACGGCCGCUUUGUUUUGAUCAGCUCGCUGUUUUGACUGAUUAUGUGUAAACGAUCUAGAACCAGCUCUGGGAAAGCAGUCUUGAUGCCGGGUGGUUUUGCAUUUCUGUCCCUCACACUGGGUGGUCCCAGCCCCUCUCCAGUGGGAGCCCACCUUGCCACUGACUUUGGCCAAGCUCGUCCAUUCUUGUCUGUGUGCUGCGCCCUGUGGGCUAAAACGGAAAGAAACAUCAUGUGAAAGAAAAGCCGUAUGCAAGUUAUUUUUAUGACUCAAGGAGGUUCCCUGACUGCCAUUUUCUUUGCCACGGGGCACACGUGUAGAGGAGGAAUGAGUGUCCUGUCCAUAGAGACACAGGUGGCGUUUCAGGGCAAGUGGGCAGGUCUGGAUCUGCCGGGGUCCUGGGGCCUUGACUGAUGGCCUCAGGGGUGCAGGGGACAGGCCCUCCAGCACAGCCAGGUCCACCCAGGCUGGGCCAAGCGAAGGUUUUUAGGUCCGUUUUUCACAGGACAGCUCAGAGUACCGGGGGAAGGGGGAACAUCGGUCAACUGAGACAGCAGGGAGCGUCUUGUGUUUUCCUCUGCUCAGCAGCUCGCGCCGUGCCCGCUGUUCCCUCCUGUGGCUGUCAGAGUCCACAGUAGCCCAGUCUCUUCCCGUCUUCCCGCAGCCAGCGCUUGGUCAUUAUAAUUAUGGGUUCUGCAGACCCCUUUAAAAAAAUGUAUAAGUUUUAUAUAAAAGACAGCUGCAAAAUGCAGAACCAGAAGAGUGGAGGAGUUUUUAAGAUGCAGAGAGAAGUCUGUGGCUCUCUGCACUGUGCGUUGUUUCCUGGACUGAAUUUUAGUUGACUGAGGGCAGCACCUUGGCCCCUCCCUGUGGGGACAACAUCCUGAGGAGCUUCUCCCGCCCCAGUCCCUUCUCAUUUCAAAAACAGUGUUAGCCUUUUGCUUUCCUCCUUCAUUCAGUUGUUGUUUGACAGCUUUUACAGAGAUGCCGUGGGUGUUAGACAGAAACACACGUCCCCAAGGGGUCCAUCCUCCCAUCCCACUUCCCCACGGAGGGGCAGGCCGGAGACGGGGGACUCUCGCCGCCAGAUGCAGACCCCCUCGCCACACCCAGCAGUGGUUCUCACCACUCCCAAGCUCCAGUGCCAUUUUGAGAUGACCUGACAAUGCCAUGCACAAAGGACAUGACUUAGCAGCCUUUUUAAAAGGUAUUUUUAACAUCUACAGUUACCCAAAGUCACUGGGUGUUUCACUCCUGGGACCCAGGCUAGGGCGUUGCCGAAUCUGCGCCCUCCCGGUGGCUCAGACGCAGUAGCCGCGUCUGUGGCUCGUUCCUGGACAGAGCACCCUGGGUCCUGCAUGCACCGUCGGGGCGGGCCGUGCUAGCAUAGAUGUAUUUAAUUGCUAACGGGAAAGUGUAUGACGGAUGUGUAAUAUUUCUAAUAAAUAUAUUUUGUUUCUGUCUGAUUA